AACCGGAGACGCAAAGGGAAGGAGCCGCUGUCAUCUGGUGUCAGCUGUCUCUUUCACCCUUAAAACAACGGAGGAAGAGGACCAAAAUGUGCACCAGCAUCCAGCCCAUUGAAUGGACCGCCGACCUCAAGAACCAGAACUUUGAUGGCAUUGUCUUGGUGGCUCAGAGCCAUGAGGAGCUGCCCUCUGAACUUGAGAGUCUGAAAGCUCCUCUGCAGGACUACAGCUCUGUGGACAGUGGUCUAGGGGAGGAGGUGGUGGUCCUGAAGGUCCCUGGUCUCCCUGGUAACCGCCUGGUGUUUGCUUCCACUGGCCCGGUAAACCGUGACUACGAUGAUGUCAGGAACUUCAGUGAUGCAGCCAUCAACGGCAUCAAGAGGGCCUUGAAAACAGGCAUGCAGCGCCCCCUCCUGGUCUGCCCUCCACACAAGGACUAUAAGAACAGCACCUUGGUGGCUGCACUCGGGGCCCUUCAUGCUCUAUACAUGCCCCUGGAAGUGAGGGAGGGGAACAUAAAACCCACCAACUACAAGGUGUGUGUCCUGGGACUCUGGGUGGCACAGGAUGCCCAGGGAAAGAGACUGGUGGAACUGGCUAAUGCUCUGGAGAGCGGGAGACUGGCAUGCCGCGACAUCGGUGGCUCAGACCCUGAGCGUAUGGCUUCUCCUCGUGUGGCCGAGUACGUCCAGGAACUCUUCAAGGACAGCCCUGUGAAGGUGGAGGUGUUGAGCGACAUGAAGGUUAUGGAGAAGGAGUAUCCCUGUCUGGCUGCAGUCAACCGCUGUGCCAACAGUGUACCUCGUCACCAGGCCAGAGUUAUCAAGCUGCAAUACUGUGGAGAGGGACCCAUCCAAAAGACCCUCAUGCUGGUGGGCAAAGGCAUCACCUACGACACUGGCGGAGCCGACAUCAAGGCUGGUGGUUUUAUGGCUGGGAUGCACAGAGACAAGUGUGGAGCUGCUGCUGUCGCCGGCUUCUUCAAGGUCUUAGCCAAGCUGAAGCCAAAACAUCUGAAGGUUUACGGCUCGAUGGCCAUGGUGAGGAACAGCGUGGGUGCAGACUGCUAUGUGGCCGAUGAACUGGUGGUUUCCCGUGCGGGUCGCAGAGUGAGAGUGGGAAACACUGAUGCUGAGGGACGUAUGGUGAUGGUUGACCUGCUGUGUGAGAUGAAAGAAAAGGCAGUAAGCGAGACUUCACCUCAGCUGUUUACUAUUGCGACCCUGACUGGCCACGCCAUCAGAGCCAUGGGACCCAACUACUCUAUCAUCAUGGAUAACGGACCAGCUCAUCGCUCUGGAAAUGCUGCUCAGUGGCAGAAAGCCGGAGACAUUUUGGGCGACGUGUUCGAGGUGUCCAGUAUCAGACGAGAGGACUAUGAUUUCCACAAGGGUAAAUCUGAGUACGAGGAUAUUCUCCAGUCCAACAACCUGCCGUCCUCCGCUACUCCUCGAGGACAUCAGACCCCUGCUGCGUUCCUCAUCAUGGCCUCAGGGCUCCACAAGCAUGGCGUGGAUUCUAAAACCCCUCUGCCCUACUCCCACAUCGACAUCGCUGGGUCCAGUGGUCCUUUCCCAGGUGUGCCAACAGGAGCCCCCAUCCUCGCCAUGGCAACCAACUACAUCCUGUCUGAUAGUCUCUAAGCAGAUAUUCUCAGUAUAAAACGGUCCGUAGACUCUGUAUCAACACAAACUGUUAAACCGUCCAAACACAAGUGAAAUACCUGCCGCCACAUAUAGUGCAAAAUGUGCAAGUCUUGAUGCCUAACAUUCCUUUAUACCUCAUACUGCUUUUCUAAAAGAAUUGCUGUCUUUUUCUAAAAUCUUGUGACAUUCGUCCUAUCUACACCAAGUGUCAAAUGACCCUUUUUUUUAAGUGGCCUGAAUCAAUGUUAACACUCAGGGGUGAAAUGGCAGAAUAAAAUUUAAAAAGCAUCCUUUUUAUGUGUCUGUAUGUGUGUGAUGAACUGGGGACAUAGUUGUGUGAUUGGUGCUGAAGCAGUGGGCCAGUCAAACCAAGAAUUAUUAACUGAACAAUAAAACAAAUUUAAGAGGU